CAGAAACAGCUCGUCAACCACCUCGGUAGCUUGCUAGCCAACAUAGCCGAAGGAUUCAAGCUAUUUAUACUCUUUCGGUGUAUAUUAGCUACUGUGUUUUAGCCACAUUUCUGUCGUAUCUACUUGUUAACCUAUUUAAUUUAAUAUUACGUUAUUUUGUAUUAGUCAGCUAUAGUAUCUGGCUGGUUAAAUUAGCACUAGCCUAGUCGCUAAUGAUAGCUAGCUAGCUAACAUCCCCGACCAUGAGCUCCCUAAACUACUCCCCUCUUGUUAAAGAAGAGGGGGUCUGCUGGACGGAGAAAGAAGCUCUGGGGCUAAACAUUGUCGUGAAAGAGGAGGAGGAUGUCAAAGUUAAAAAAGAAGUAGAGGGUGACGCUGUUACAGUGAAAGAAGAAGAGAAAGACGUUACAGUGAAAGAAGAGGAAGACGCAUUCAGAGUGAAAGAGGAAGAGGAUGUUACAGUGAAAGAAGAGGCGGAAGAGAAAGAGGUGGAUGCAGUUUUUGGAGUGAAGAAGGAAGGGGAGAUUACUGUCACAUUGAAAGAUGAAGAGGUGGAGGUAGGAGAUCUGAUUAACACCAGAGAGAGACGGGACUAUCGUGGAUCCUCUGGGGAGCUUCAACAACCUCAUGAUGCUGACGAGGCAGAGAAGAGUCUCUGCAGAUCAGGACACGUCAAGAAACACCAGCAGAGAUCCAAAGGAAAGAAAACUCACCGCUGCUCUGACUGUGGGAAGAGUUUUGUUUUCUCAGGACAAUUAAAAUCACACCAGAGAACACACACAGGAGAGAAAUCAUAUAGCUGUGAUCAAUGUGGGAAGAGUUUUACUACAUUUAACAAUCUGAUGAUACACCAGAGAACACACACAGGAGAGAAACCUUAUAGCUGUGAUCAAUGUGGGAAUAGUUUUGUUUCAUCUGGCCUUCUGACUGUACAUCAGAGAAUACAUACAGGAGAAAAACCAUAUAGCUGUACUCAAUGUGGGAAGAGUUUUACUCAGCUAAGCAACCUGAUAUCACACCAGAGAAUACACACAGGAGAGAAACCUUAUAGCUGUACUCAAUGUGGGAGGAGUUUUACUCAGUCAACAAGCCUGAUAUCACACCAGAGAACACACACAGGAGAGAAACCUUAUAGCUGUGAUGAAUGUGGGAAGAGUUUUGCUACAUCUAGCAAUCUGACACUACACCAGAGAACACACACAGGAGAGAAACCUUUUAGCUGUGAUGAAUGUGGGAAGAGUUUUACUACAUCUAGCAAACUGACUCUACACUACAGAACACACACAGGAGAGAAACCUUUUAGCUGUUCUCAAUGUGACAAGAGAUACUAUGAUAAAUGUUCUCUGAUUACACAUCAGAAAAUACAUGCAUGAAGGAGUUGUUUCAUGAUAUCAAUGAAAUUAUGUCACAAUGCAGAAUGUUUUAACAUUGUAGUGGGAGUAUUUUAAUGACGUCACAAUAUAGAAUGUUUUGCCAAUGCAGAAGGAGUAUUUCAAUGAUGUCACAAUGUAGAAGCCUAAAUGUUUGUCCCUUGUUCUAUUGAUAUUAGCCUCAGGGGGGAAAUCCAGGCUCUGAAUUGAAAGAGUACUAUUUAUUUGAUUUAACAAAAAGUGAGUAACAAAAAAGUACUGUCUUACACUUACCGUGUUGGUGGCCCACUUUAAUCACAAGUUACACUCGAAUAAAAAUGUAGCUAGAUGUUUUCUACAAAUUGUCCUCUAACCAGGGAUGUACACAUUACUCCCAGAUUCCAUGUGGUUUUUGAGCUGUUCGUUUUAACAGGACGUGCAACCUCAUCUCCCUCCUCUCGGCACAAUUGAUUUCAACAUGAUAUCAAUGAGUGAUGACAAAUAAGUGUUGCGCUUAUUUGUUUAGCGACCCCUUCAUUUAAAUGCAUCACUCCCAAAUGUAGCUGACUGUCUUCUGCAGAUUGUCCUCUAACCAGUGAGGUGAAAGAUAUCUCCCAUUUCCAUGUGUUUUUUUAGUUGUGUUCAUUUCAACAGCACGUACAACCUGAUCCCCCCCCC